UAAACAAAAAUGCAAAGUACGGAUAUCUGGGCCCUGGUACUUUUUGGUGCCGCAACUCUCAUUGCACAAAUGAGCAACUAAUGACGUCAAGGAAUAGUGUAAAGUGGGGUCCAUCCGACGACCAGGUCAUCCACUUGGAUCGAAGAUUCACCUGCUGUUCUAACGACGUCGUAUACCUAAUCUACUGUCAACGUUGCUUGGAUGAAGGCAACUGGGCAUCAUACGUAGGAGAAUCUAAUGACCUCAACUUUCAUCAAAGAAUGAAAAACCAUAUAGACACCAAGAACCAGAGAUGGAAAAGAAAGUAUCCGUCUAUUCCCGAACUUCGACAACUCAUCGAUCGGGUUUUAGGACGGAAUGGAGAAGAUGCCAUCCAAGACAAGGAUCUUCGAUUGAAGAAUGUCAAUGUUCAUUUCAAUUUUGUCCAUCAUAAAGAGGACCGACGUUACCUCCUCAUCGAAGGUGGAUUCUCAUCAACUAUUGUUCGAAGAGAAAACGAGAAAAAAUGGAUCAGAUUAUGUGGUAACGGACAAUACAACAAAAGUAAUGGAACCGGGAACUUAAAUGUGGUGUUAUAGAAACACCUACAGUGUAUAGGUAGUACGAAUCUGUACAGCUGUGAUUUGAAAACAAUUUCCUUGUUUUAAAUUAGCAAGGAUGUCAAACUAUUUAUAUUAAUUUGUUUAUAACUAUUGUU